AUGCCUGAAGUACAAUCAUUUAUCAAUCCAGCCGUUGGUCCAUUACCAAGGCCAGGUCCUCCCAAAAAAAACCAUGUCUUUGACUUGUUCUCAUUGAAAGGCAAGGUUGCCUCAGUCACUGGAUCUUCCAGUGGGAUUGGUUUUGCCGUGGCUGAAGCCUAUGCACAAGCAGGUGCAGACGUUGCAAUUUGGUACAAUUCCCAUCCAGCAGAAGAAAAAGCUGAGGCCUUAUCCAAAGAAUACAACGUCAAGGUCAGAGCUUACAAAUGCAAUAUCAAUGAACCCGAUGAGGUUGAACGGGUCAUUUCUCAGAUCGAGAAGGAUUUUGGGUCAAUUGAUAUAUUUGUUGCAAAUGCCGGUAUUCCUUGGACCGAAGGUGAAUGCAUCGAAGUCAAAGGCUGGGAUAGUUGGAAAAAAAUUAUCGAUUUAGACUUACAUGGAGUUUACUAUUGUGCUAAAACUGUAGGUCGAAUCUUUAAGAAAAAUGGUAAAGGUUCUUUGAUUAUAACUGCCUCAAUGUCUGGUCAUAUAGUUAACGUUCCUCAAUUACAAACUCCUUACAAUACUGCUAAAUCAGCUUGCAUCCAUCUAGCAAAGUCCUUGGCUAUUGAAUGGGCUCCUUUUGCUAGAGUCAAUGCCAUCAGCCCUGGUUAUAUUAAAACAGAAAUUGGUAAUUUUGUUCCCCGAGAACAGAAAGAAAGAUGGUGGCAGUUGACCCCUCUAGGACGAGAAGCAGAAGUUCAAGAAUUGGUUGGUGCUUAUUUGUAUUUGGCUUCUGACGCUUCCACUUUCACCACCGGUACAUCCAUCUUGGUGGACGGUGGAUACUGUGCUCCAUAA